ACGUGAACAGGAAAAUGUUUGUGCAUCUUGCUGCUAUAUUAUUUAUAAUGAUUCGACCUUCAAUCGAACAUUGUCCAGAUCCAGCUACAGAUUGCUGCAGCGAUAAGAUUAAAUUUUUUCUAUACACAAACGCAGAAAAACCACCAAAAGAAUUGAUUUUGGACGAACCAAAAACAAUCAAAGAUGUCAAAUUCAACAAAGGAGAUUUUAAAUUCAUGAUCCACGGUUUCACGCAAUGGAAAAAUAGUUUAGGCUGGCUAGUUUUACGCGAAGAAUAUUUCAAACAAAAGGACAAAAAUUGGAACAUAAUUUUUGUGGAUUACUCCCCAGUAGCGAGACGAGGCUGUUACUGGGAGAGUGCAGUUCCAAGUUUGGAACAAGUAGGCGAAUGUGGAGCUGAGUUACUAAGGCUAAUAUUUAAAGAGAAAAAAGAGGUGAAACUCGAUCGGUUCCACUUCAUCGGAUUUAGUUUAGGAGCUCAAGUCUGUGCUCAAAUUGCCAACUGCUUAAGACCCGAUAAGAUGAAAAUCUCACGUAUAACGGGUUGUGAUCCCGCAUUACCAGGAUUUUCUCUACCAGUCAGAAACUCAGACACCUUACUCAACAAAAAACAUGCGGACUUUGUCGACGUUAUUCACACAAAUAAAGGAAUGUGUGGAGUGCUGUAUUCCUCCGCACAUUACGAUAUAUACGCUGAGAAUGGCUUCUGCCAACCGGGAUGUGACUUCGAUGAUCCUUCUUGCUCUCAUGAUAGAGCAUUGAGCAUUUUUGCCGAAUCAGUCAAUUCAAAAACGAAAUUUUUCGCCAGAAAGUGUAAAUCGAAAGUUCUCCUGAUUUCUGUCAGCAAGUGCAAUGGUUCUCAUAAAGCUACCUUAGAAGUUGGGGAGCACUGUCCACGACCUAAAUCCGACGAAGAAGGAUUGUACCAUUUUCGCACAAAUGAUAAGCCGCCAUACGCCAAGGGACCACCAGAAUCGUAACCAUUUUAACAUAUUGAAGUGAAUAUUUCUGUCUUUGUAGGUAUGUGUAGUCUUAUUUAUUUCCAUCCAUCAAAAAAUUUUCCACGUACUAACCUAACUACCUACAUAAGUACUAAUAUUAGCGCAUCUACCUACAAUGUAUCAUAACAUACUCUUA